AUGGCUCGCUCGCUUGCCGCUAUUGCCCUCACUGCGAUAGCGCUCGUCGUGCUGCUCUGCGCAAUCCAGUCAGAGGCCAAGAUAUUCACAGUGGGAGGCAGCCGGUUCAGUCCGUGGGGAUAUGGCGUGAAGAGGUGGAAGCCCAGGGGGGUCAUACACGCAGGGGACACUCUUGUGUUCAAGUGGACAGGCAUCCCGCAUGACGUGUGGAUCAUGAACUCCAUGGACGCGUACAACAACUGCAACUUCGGUGCGGGAGCGGCCACUAAGAAGACCGGCAUCACCAGCGUGGGGAGGUACAAGUACAAGGUGCCAACUGCAGCCGCGGGGCACAUCCCUUCUCUUCUCCUGCAGCGUGCCCGGGGGCGCAGCCCAUGGCGCUACAACCUGCAAAACUGGCGCCCUACAACGCCUGCCCGUGUAGGCGAUGUGCUCGUGUUCAAGUGGAGGGGCGUCAUUCCCCAUGAUGUGGUGCUCAUGGACUCUGACGACGCGCAUGAAAGCUGCAACUUCGGGGCUGCUAAGAAGCUCACCAGGAUCGUAAACUGCGAUCCGGCGAGGCGCGUGACCCGGUCGACUAGCGUGCAAGAGGAGUUGGAGCGAGAGGAUGCGGAGGAGGCGCAGGAGGUAGCGGGGGUAGCUGGGGUUGCGGAGGUAGCCGCGGGGGAGGUUGAUGGCGAACCGCAAACGACGCGUGAGCGGCGCGAUGAUCGUCGUGCGGAGAUGAACGGCUCAGAUGAAAGCGGGACCCGCAGGAGCAAGCGGCUUAGGACGGGAGGCGCGAGCGGCGGCGAUGGUUCCUCUUCGCAGCAGCCGGCAGACGUGGUGAAGCGCGAGCGCGCCGCGGGCCCCGUGAAAAGAGAAGCUGACGUGGCCGCGAGACGCCAAGCUGGAAUGGUGAAACAGGAGGCUGCUGUCGUGGCGAAGCGGGAAAACACCUCUCGCGCCAAGGGCAAGGAAAAAGUUCGCCAUACCACUGUACUUACGUUACCUGCUCCUCACGACCAUCCCUUCCCACCUUCCAGCUUCCCAACACAACCCCCCCCUCCCCUUUCACUCCCCUCCCCUUCCCCCGCCUCCCCCCUCUGCAUCCAUGUCGUUUUUCCCCUUCUUCCUGCCAAUGUUGAUGUUGCCCUCCACCCACCAAUCAGAGGCGAGGACGGGUUCCAGCCGGGCAACAUCCUAUUGGUGCAGGUGCGGCACUUCAUGACGUACGCGUCCAUCUCAGCGCGCCCCUCGCCGCGCCUCAACCUCAUCGUGGGGCCCAACGGGUCGGGCAAGAGCUCCCUCGUCUGCGCCAUCGGCCUGGGGCUAGGGGGAGAACCCAAGAUGCUGGGGCGGGCGGCGCACGUGGGGGAGUUUGUGCAGCGAGGAGAGCGCAGUGCGGAGAUAAGCAUUGUGCUGCGGGGGGAUGUGGCGGGGGAGGAGGUGCACGUCACCCGCCGCAUCUCCAUCGAGAAUCGCACCGACUGGCUCCUCAAUGGGCAUGGAGUGCGGCGGGAUCAGGUGCAGGAGUGCAUGAAGCGAUCCAACAUCCAGAUCUCCAACCUCACGCAGUUCCUCCCACAGGACCGAGUGUGUGCGUUCGCGGGCAUGUCGCCCAUACAGCUGCUGGAGGAGACGCAGAGGGCCGUGGGCGACCCACAGCUGUCCCACCAGCACGCCUUCCUCAAGGACCAGCAGGACGCCCUCGCCACCCUGCACGCCACGUUGGUGUCACACGAGGAGCAGCUGGGCAAGCUGCAGGUGGCGAACGCGCAGGUGGAGGUGGAUGUGGAGAAGGUGCAACGCAGGGAGGCCAUUCUCAAGGAGGUAGCGCUGAUGAAGAAGAAGGUGCCCUGGCUCAAGUACGAGCGCAUGAAGCGGCGUGUGAGGGAGAUGGAGGGGGCAGUGGAGGCGAGGCUUAAGGAGAGGGACGAACUGCAGACACAAGUCAUGGCCGCCAGGGACCCCCUCGUAGCGUUGAAGGAGAGUCGGGCGGGGUUUGCAUCGCUGGUGGCGAAGAUAGGGCGCGAGAACGAGGCGAGGGAGAGGAAGCUGCGGGAACUGGCAGAGGAGAGCGACCAGCUGCUGUUCGCCUCCCUCCCUCGAACAGCUCCCUCCCUGGAGAGGGAGCGGAACGUGGUGGGGGAGGUGCACAGGGCAAGAGAGGGAGACCAGCUUAGUGCAGCAGGCGGUGGAGAGGGAGCGGGGCUUGGUGGAUGCGGUGCACGGGGCAAGAGAGGGCGAGCAGCUGAGGUUGGCUUGACAGGGCUCCUCACUCACACCACACACCUGCUGUCCUCCCCUCUGCCCCCACAGGUGCAGCAGGCGGUGGAGAGGCAGCGGGACGUGGUGGAUGCGCGGAGCAAGGCAGCGAAUCGCGAGCAGCGGCUGGCAAAGGCACAGGCGGACCUGCAGCAGCUGGAGGAGCAACUCGCCGCCCUGCCGGAAGUCAAACCGCCCAAGGCCGCUGUGGACCCUUUGGCAAGGCGAGGGAGGGAGCUGCGGAUGCAGGCGGGGGAGAAGGAGCGCGAGGGGCGGCAGCUGGAGCAGCAGAUGAGCGUGCUGAGGGAGCAGAUGGGCCGCGUGGAGAGGCGCAUGCACGAGGUGGCCAACAGUCGCAAUCGGCGCAUAGAGCGGGCGGGCGACAGGGAGCUGAAGCAGGCGUGUGAGUGGCUCGACCACAACCGCGCUCAGUGCAAGGGGGCCGUCUACGGACCCAUUCUCGCUGAGGUGAACCUUAUAGACCCCGAUGCGCAUGCAGCCUUCCUAGAGCAGCACGUGCCGAUGUGGGUGUGGAAGGCCUUUGUUACAACAGUACCGGAGGAUCGAGACUUGCUCGUGCGCCACUUAAAGCCCCUUGGUGUGGCAGUGGUGAAUGAGAGCAGUCGCCCUGAGGAGCUGGGUCCCCCCGCACAUGCCAUGGCCGUGGAUGCACAUCUGCAGCGCCUAGGUGUCACGCACCGAUUGGACGAGGUGUUCAAUGCGGCUCCUGUGGUGCACAGUGUGCUCAACCAGCAGUCGCAGCUCUUCCGAUCCUUCGUGGGAUCGGCAGAGGCAGAUAAGAACGCGGAGGUGAUACAGGAGAGGGGAGUGGAGGACCUGUGGACGCCGGAGAGCCACUACCGCUGGCUGCGCUCGCGCUACAACGGCUCGCUCUCCAUCAGUGCCCACGGCGUGCGCCCCUCCCGCUUCUUCUCCCAAGAGUCGGGGUUGCAGGAGGAGGAGCAGCUGCAGGCGGAAAAGGAGCGCAUUGAUGCGAGGGGCAGGGCGCUGCAGGAGAGGGUGCAGGCUGUGCGGAUGGAGCAGCGCGCUCUUGAGGCCGAGGCAGCACAAUGCGAGAGACAGCGGGAUGAGAUUGUGAACGAGUACCAUGGGCAGAAGAAGCAGCGCACCGACCUGCAGGACCGCAUUGUGCAGAAGCGGAGGCUGGUGGAAGAAUCGGGGCAGAGCGAGAAUUUGGAGGAGGUGGAGAGGAGGGCGAGGGCGGACAUUGCUGUCAGCAUGGAGCGGCAGCUGGGCAAUGCCAAAAAGACGCACAAGCACCUGCUAAGCCUGUGGCAGGAGAAGCGGCGACUUUCCUCCCUGCAACUCGCUGUGGACGAGCUCUCCUUCCUGUUGCGCGAGCGAGAGGGCGAGUUCAAGGACCUGGACGAGCAGCUGCUGAAGCUGCAGCAGGAGGUGAUGCGGGGGCAUGUGAUGGAUGAGGGAGAUGACACUCAUCUCCCUUGUGCAAACUCCAAAGCAGUAUCCACUUUGGCAGUCACCUUGCCCCCCCCGCUCCUCCAUUCCUCUCCCUCCGCUCUUCCCUACCUUUCGCCCCACCCCCAUCCCCCAUUGCCUACCUGUGUAGAGGAGGAUCAGCUGCAAUCAUCAAAGCAGGUGGCACUUUGGUGCCUACCUGUCCCGCACCCCUCUUCCCCAUUCCUGCCCGCCAUUCUGCUACCCCUUCCCCCUCUCCCUCCCACUGUCUGCCUGCACAGAGGAGGAUCGAGUGGCAGCAGCGAAGCAGGAGGCAGCAGCAGCACUGGAGGCAGCAAGGGGGGUGGUGGACCUCAGGAGAGACGAAGAGGCCAAGAGGUUCUGCCUGACUCGCUAGAGGAGCUACAGGAGGAGGUGGAGGAGCGCAUAGGGCAGGCGAACCGCAUCGUGUGCCCCAACCCCCACGUGCUGCAGCAGUUCCAAGAACGGCAGGAGCAGAUCCGCAGCAUGCAGGGCAAGGUGGAGAGUGAGAGGCAGCAGCUGGAUGAGCUCAAGUCGGAGGUGGAGCGCGUGCAGGGUCUCUGGCUGCCGCGCCUCCGCUCACUGAUCAUUCGCAUCAACGAGGCCUUCUCCAGAAACUUCCGGGAAAUGGCCGUUGCUGGGGAGGUGGCUCUAGAUGAAAGGGGCGCUGACUUUCGUUCAUAUGGCAUUCGGAUCCGAGUCAAGUUCAGGGAGAGUGCAGAGCUGCAGGACCUCAGUGCACACCACCAGUCCGGAGGGGAGCGCUCUGUGUCCACGAUCCUGUACCUGGUGUCGCUGCAGGACUUAACGCGGUGUCCGUUCCGAGUGGUGGAUGAGAUCAACCAGGGCAUGGACCCCACCAACGAGCGCAACAUGUUCCAACAGCUCGUGCGCGCCGCCACCCACGACCACACCCCACAGUGCUUCCUGCUGACGCCAAAGCUGCUGCCAGAUUUGGACUAUGGCGAGGCAUGCACGGUGCACUGUGUCAUGAAUGGCCCGCAUGCUGUGCCCCUCGCCUCCACUGCUGGUGAGUGCCGUGAGGAGAGGUGA